CUCCAUCACGGCGGCGUAGGAGGCGUCUGUCAAACCUGUGGAGCGUCCGUCCGUCCGUCCGUCCUUCUCUUUGUCUGUGUCCGUCUGUCUGUGUGGAAGACAUCACACACAUCGUCUUCAGAGUAGUUGUAGUUUGGGAACAAAAAGAAAAAAGCCAAACCGGUCUUGCUGCUCUUUGGGGAAUCUCCGCGGUCAUCCCGGAAGACUCAUCACAUUGUCAUCUCGGAGGAAGUUGAAGCGAACAGCUGCGGGUGCGUAUAAUUUGGGAGCCAAUCAAGCAGCCAUGGACACGUUAAUAAAGGGUUUCUCCAAAGCCAAGGAUGGGGUCGUGGCAGCGGCGGAGAAAACCAAGCAGGGAGUGACUGGAGCGGCUGAGAUGACGAAAGAUGGGGUUAUAUUUGUCGGUACCAAAACGAAGGACGGCGUCACAACAGUUGCAGGCAAAACCGUGUCUGGAGUGUCUCAAGUGGGUGGAGCUGUGGUUACCGGAGUCACCGCUGUGGCCCAGAAAACUGUGGAGGGUGCAGGCAAUAUUGUCGCUGCCACCGGAUUGGUCAAAAAGGAACCAGCCAAGCAAGGCGACGAUGCCUCAGCGGUACAAAACAUGGCAGAGUCACCGGUUGAUACUGACCCUGCCGACGCUACAGAGGACGACACCGAUGACUAAACCGCCCGAGGGCUCCACAAUCAAAGAUCAACGACAGAAAAACAUUCCAUGUCGCUCUGCCAAGUCCCCUUGUGCCUCGUUUUUGGUCCUUUCACCGAGUCUGUGCCCAGCGUCUGUGUGUGUGUGCGUGUUUACGUUUGUGUUGUAAUGUCUGUACAGAGGCAUAUGUGCAAAUGCCGUACAGAAAGAGAGAUGUUGUUUGUGUGAGUGUAUGUAGUGUGUGUCAGUCCUGAAAACGUCCUCAGGUGUGUGUCAUCUGUGACCAGCUGUCAUUUGCAGUAAUUCCCUAACACUGCGAAUGCCACCCGGUCACUGUAUACGUGUGUGUUUUCCAUGUGGCUCCAUCAACAACUCAAACACAGAAAUAUAACACAAUUUACCACUUCAAGCACCUAAGUGUCUCUAUAUAAAUGAAGAAUUUACAGUGAUAUGUUGGAAAUGGAAGCAUAAUGAUAUUCUCUAUUUUUGUCUGUAACCUGUCACUGUUUCUUGCGGUGCUGCUGAGCUAUUUGUGCAUUCAUAUUGUAUUUUUUAUGUUAUCUCUGCUAUAACGAAUAUAUCUCAUAUUGAAUAGACUUGAAAACCAAGAGCAUGUAAAACUACUCAGCUUUACGGCUGUGAUAUGAAUUUAUUUGGAGUUAAGUGUUGAAUAAAAUACGCGAAAAGUG